AACGGCUGCACGACUGGGGCGAUGGGUGAGGAGCUCUGCACAGGGGCUGGCCGCGAAGAGCUGAGUUUGCCGGCAAAGCCCCCUGCGGCUUCCUACCCAGGUAUUCAGCCUAAGCAGCAGCCGGCGCGGAUGGGCAGGGGCACGGGGUGAAACCCGACCGUCCCCGGGGCGGGGGCAAACCCGGAGAAACAAGCGACUUCGGUGUAUCCGUGGGGCUGCCGCGGCCUCGCCAGCUCCUCCUCCCGGGUCUCUGGGUGCCGCUGGGCCGGGUGUCUCCAGAGGAGGGCCUGGCCCGGAUGUACUACACACUGACUCAUAAUCCAAUCGACACAGCCGCGGCAGGCAGCGAGACCCACGCACGGAGCCGGGCUCCCGCUUCGCUCUCCGCCUCCCCUCCCCGACAGCAGCGGCGGGGCCGGCCGGGCCCUGGAACGCACGUAGCCCCCGCCGCCGCCGCCGCCACGCACACCCCGAGGCGCCGGGGACGGGCCCUGGCUCCCGGGCUGCUCCCGCCGCCGCCGCCGCCUCCCCGCCCAGCGCUGGCCGCAGCCGCCGCCCCGCCCCGUGCCCGCUGCUCCCGCGGGUCCCUCCCCGGCCGCUGGCUAGAGGCGCAGGCAGCUGCCCUGAGCAGGACCCAGAGAGCGGCUCUUCUCCGGGCAGGAACAUGGCAGAUAAUCUAAGUGACGCCUUGAAGAAGCUGAAGAUAACAGCCAUUGACAGCACAGCAGAUAGCUUGGAAGGAUGCUUGGAUUGCCUGCUUCAAGCCCUGGCUCAAAACAAUACCGAGACAAGCGAAAAAAUCCAAAAAAGUGGGAUUCUUCAGGUGUUUGCAAGUCUGUUGACUCCACAGUCUUCCUGCACGGCAAAAGUAGCUAACAUCAUAGCAGAAGUAGCCAAAAAUGAAUUUAUGCGGAACUCAUGUGUGGAUGCUGGGUUGAUCCCUCCACUGGUGCAGCUCUUAAACUGCAAAGACCAGGAAGUGUUGCUUCAGACAGGACGUGCCCUGGGCAAUAUAUGCUAUGAUAGCCAUACCCUGCAAUCUCAGCUUAUCAAUAUGGGCGUUAUCCCUACGUUAGUGAAAUUGUUGGGCAUUCAUUGCCAAAAUGCAGCUCUGACUGAAAUGUGCCUUGUUGCAUUUGGCAAUUUGGCAGAACUUGAAUCAAGCAAAGAGCAGUUUGCCUACACAAAUAUUGCUGAAGAGAUUGUAAAACUAUUCAAGAAACAAAUAGAACAUGACAAAAAAGAGAUGAUUUUUGAAGUUUUGGCUCCUCUGGCAGAAAAUGAUAUCAUUAAACUGCAGCUGGUUGAAGCAGGCCUGGUUGAGUGUCUACUUGAGAUUGUCCAGAAGACUGUAGACAGUGACAAAGAGGAUGACAUAGCUGAGCUUAAAACAGCCUCUGAUCUUAUGGUUUUACUACUACUCGGAGAUGAAUCCAUGCAAAAGUUAUUUGAAGGAGGAAAAGGCAGCGUCUUCCAAAGGGUGCUUUCAUGGAUUCCUUCCAAUAACCAUCAGCUACAGCUUGCAGGAGCACUGGCUAUUGCAAAUUUUGCAAGAAAUGAUGGAAACUGCAUCCAUAUGGUGGAUAAUGGGAUAGUUCAAAAGCUGAUGGAUCUACUAGACAGACAUGUGGAAGAUGGAAAUGUAACUGUGCAGCAUGCAGCACUGAGUGCACUCAGAAACCUGGCUAUUCCUGUUGUAAAUAAGGCUAAGAUGCUAUCAGCUGGCGUUGCAGAAGCAGUACUUAAAUUUCUCAGAUCGGAGAUGCCCCCAGUUCAAUUCAAGCUGCUGGGAACGUUAAGAAUGUUAAUAGAUGCACAAGCAGAAGCUGCUGAACAGCUGGGAAAGAAUGUGAAAUUGGUUGAACGGUUGGUGGAAUGGUGUGAAGCCAAGGACCAUGCAGGUGUGAUGGGGGAGUCAAACAGACUGCUUUCUGCACUUAUACGACAUAGCAAAUCAAAAGAUGUAAUUAGGACCAUUGUUCAGAGCGGUGGCAUCAAGCAUUUAGCUACCAUGGCAACUAGUGAACAUGUAAUAAUGCAAAACGAAGCUCUUGUCGCUUUGGCACUAAUAGCAGCGUUAGAAUUAGUCACUGCUGAGAAGGAUCUUGAAAAUGCUAAACUAGUCCAGAUUCUACACAGACUGCUCUCAGAUGAGAGGAGUGCUCCAGAAAUCAAAUACAACUCCAUGGUGUUGAUCUGUGCUCUUAUGGGAUCUGAACCCCUUCACAAGGAAGUGCAGAACCUGGCAUUUCUAGAAGUCGUAUCAAAACUCCGCAGCCAUGAGAACAACACUGUCGCCCAGCAGGCCUCACUCACAGAGCAGAGACUCGCAGUAGAAAGCUGAGGAAGGUCUCCCGUUUCCAUACAGCAUCCCAUCAUGGAUUUCACCUUGUCCUCUGGCCUGCUGCCGCUCCUGCUGUGUUUUCCACUGUAUCACUUGUGCAUGCAUGUCAUGUUCCCACACACAUUGAUGAACUGCUGUAGGUACCUAUCCAAUAAUGGUUCUAAAAUCCAUAGGUGGUGUUAACAUAAAUCUGUCAGAAACAAGUCUCCACCCAUAAAUGUUCUACGUGUAUUCUUGUUGCUUGGGCCACACCGUAGAAUGUGCAUGUUGUAGUCCUAUGAUGAUGUAAAAGUGGUCCUACAUGAUGACUCUUUCCUCACACCCCUAACUGCAUAACAUACUGCUAAAUUAGGGACAAUACAGGAGGCAGCAAGUCCAACCUAGAGUAUUGAUUAUAGGAUUAAAUAGUAAAUCUAGCUCCAUUUUUGGUGCUUUGGAAACACAGGUAUGAAUGGAAUAUAUUGCUGCUCAUUCACUGGUCUUGCCUAGUAAUGUCAAACCCAUGGUACCUAGAGGUAACAAAUAAAAAAAUCCAGUGCUCUCACACUUAACCCUCUAUCUUGUCCUUUUUGUAUUUAAAUGCAGAAUUAAUGCAUGAUGAAAGCCCCCUCUUUAGUUUAAAGACUAAAUACAAAGGAAACCACUGAACUCCAUUUUUCUCCCCUCGUCAUUAGUGUGUACUCCGCAGGGGGUGUCAUGUGGUUUUGGGCCUUGGCCCAAGCAUUUAUGCCAAGGUACAAUCCCUUUCUGCAGCCCAGCAUCUCCCACAAUUCUGCUGCACAUGCGCCCUUCACCUCCUGUGUGCACUUCCAGAGGAAUUCGAGCCUUUUCUCCAGCUUCCCAUCAGAUCUUCUACCUCUGCAGCAACUCUCAGUCACCGUUCUCUACUCCCAGCCUGUCCAUUGCCCUUUUUCAUUUUCAGGUAGCUGCAAGUAGCUUUGUUUUCUCUUUCUGGACUGCGUAUGCAGAAGCGCUGUGGUGGCUCCCUGCUGAGCCCCUCGGCCCUCUUUUAGGGAGAUGGCAGAGCAGGGCUAAGCCCAAAUAGUGAUCCCUCUGCGAGACAUUUUUAACAGGAUCCACAGAAGGCAAAUUAUGCCAUGCCUGUUCUCAACCAGCUGACCCUCGUGCUGCCAGGGCCUGGAGAUUUUAAUCAAACAGGCACUUUGGGACCCCUAGCCCCCAAUAAGCUGUGACUCCACCACAGGAAAGUCCAACCAGGAAUCAGAGCUAAACUGGGGGAGGCUCUAAGGAUGAGGAGGACCUCAGUCAGCCAGUGUAUCUCUUGGGGCAAUUCAAGACCAUAAGGAUAAGUCCCUAGCUGGGCACCUGGUCCUGGCCCAAAGUCCUGAAGUUUGAUUGUAAGUGCUCUGGGGAAAGAAGCAGGGCUCAGGAUCAGCUCCCCUCCCACUCCCCAUUCCUUUCAGCUUGAGUUAGGAAACUCUGGCAGUGAGUCCCCAUCCUCCAUCCUGGUUGGAGUGGGAGCCUAUGGGAGAGGACUCCAAGGGAGAAAUUUCCAGAAAGCUCCAGGUCCUGUAGCCACAAAAGACCCUGUCAUGCAUAGCCGGGCAGGCAGGCUUGCAAAACAUGCAAAAAAAUCCAAACAGGGGAAAAAAAAAAAAAAAGCGGCUAGAAAAAAGCCCCAAAGGUAUUAGUCCUCUGACUCAAGACACUUCCUCCUCUGCUGAGGAAGGAGAGCUAUCAGACUCUGAUUCUGAGAAGGACAUGGACAAAACAUAACAAAGGUUUGAACACCCUGAGGUCCAAGAGAUGGAUGCUGUGGUUCCUUUCUCCAGGGCUCCAGAUGCCCUGUGCCAUUCUGGGUUGCAGAGGUGUUCACCAUCUCAUCAAGAUGGUGGUGGUGGUGAGAACCUGUCUUUUUAUCAUAUGGGAAGACCCCCUACAAACAUCUUCCUGUGCUGUUCACCAUUUCAGGGAGUUAAGGACCUGUUUCAGGACAUGUACCUGAAGUUGCAUGCACUCUGAGGAAUGCUCUCAUGCUUUCAGAAGAAAAGCCAGAAGGCACCUGAUGUGUGAUCCCACCCAUGAGGUGACCCUUGCACAUUAGACCAGGAGGCCCAGUACUGAAGGCACUGAGCAGUGGUUGGGCUCCUGUAUUUGACCAAUGUGGAUACCAGAUUCGGAUUCUUCUGGAAUCUGUCUCCUGAUGGUCAGAUCUCUGAGGAAGAUGGAUGGAAGGAGGUGGAGCAUCACUGUUUGGUAGUGCUCUAGGAAAAGACUAGAAACCACUACCUGGAAAGUAGAGGGACUGUUUGGCCACAUUUUUAGCCGCUACCUUAUCCAACAUCUCUCUGCCAAGGAGAAAUGUGAAUUUAGAGGAGCACAUAUUUUGUUUGAAGUGUCUACUUCCCAGGAAUAAAGCCAUGGAUAAAGCCCUGACAGAAAACGGUAUAGCAUCAUUUGAAGCAUCUUCCACAAAUGCUGUUGCCAGGGAGAUUUUCUGAAGUAUAGACUUAUUUGGUUUGUUUUCUGCCCUCAGGGACUUUAAAUUCCUCUAGCCAUGACACUGUCUCAAGCAAAACAACUGGCUGCCAGAGAUGCUCUGAGAGAAGCCGAGUCAAACUGAUGACGUAAGAACAUAUACAUUCUCAUACAAAAUCAAGUCAGUGAUCCAGGUAGUCCGAUGUCCUGUCUCAGACACUAGCAGCCAAGACUAGAUGCUUCAGUGGAAGAUGCAAGAAACCCUAUCAUGGGCAACCAUACAAUAACAUGCCCAUUUAAAAAAAAAAAUUUCAUCCUAAUCCCGGUCAGUUAUUGAUUUUUUUAUACGUCGGUCGUGCCCGGGAGCCAUUGUGCUAGGUUCUGAACACGCACAGACAGCUCCUGCCCCAAAGAGCUUGCUCUCUCAGUAAGCAGUUAGCGAGUCACUUAUGCCCAGGAGUAUUUAUAUCCCUUAGGGCCUCAUGUAACCGUAGAUGAUGUCAUCCAGAUUACUGGGAGAUGGUCUAUAGCACUGAUAAUAAAGAUGUCAAAAAGAACCCUCUACUGUUUUGACUGGAUCAAAGUUUAUCACAUUUCUGCAUACCCAAGUACUUAUUGUUGCUAUCGAAUCAUUAUGUCGAAGAGCCUCCGCUAAUGAGGAAAACAAUAUUUCUUGCACAUAUUUAAGGACUGUAUUGUCUGAAAUGCAUUUGACUAUCCAUUUCGAAGAAGUCAAAUGAGUUCAAACUGCUGGAGUGAAGUUUGAUUUAGGAAUAGCUGUACAGUAGAUAGAUAACAUCCAAAUAAAGCUUGUAACCUGUACUGCUCGAGUUAUUUUUAUGCCUGUAGUGUCAGACAUCUCACUGUUUGCCGCCUACUGCAAACUAAACUGAAAGGAGUUGUAGCUGCCAUACUGUCUGCUCGUCCUAACCCUUUGAGUAUCAAGCUACUGCAUUUGACUUGUAACGGUCAUACAGCGAUAGACCCGAUUUACUGUCUCACAAAUCAUCAGCCUCAGCAAAAACACAUCUGCUAACCUUUGAACAAAGUGUUUCAUGGUAUCUUAUCAGCCUGGCCUUGUACAAGACAUUUCACUGGGAAAAACUCAGCCCCCUAAGGUUUUUCCUGGUGGCAGAUAUUUAAGGUUUAAAAAAAGGAGCACUAGAUUUUUUCGCUAAUUAAAUUUCUGUAUAAAGCAUUGCAUUAAACUACAGACUCUACUGGAUAUAAUUUGUUUAAAUAAAACUAGAACCUCCUUCAUUCAGACCAUGAAGGCUGCAACAUCCAGCAAUAUGGACACAGGAACUUUGAAAUACCAUCCCAAAGACAAUUAAUAAUCAUGCAGAAAAUGGAUAAUUAGCAGCCACAGCCAUCUACCAGAAACAGCAUGCAAGCUUUUAAAAUGUAUAAUUUAACAAUUAUCAAAGGAGCUCAAUCAUGAAACACAUAAUACCAGAGUACACAAAGAAUACACAUAAUACCAACAGCUCCAUUAGUCAGUAAUAAAGCAAGUUGUGCUGCGACCACACAUGUCCAUCAGAUGUUAAAGACAAUAUAUGUUUUUCUAAAAAGAUACACUUCAGUUGAACCACAAGUUGACGCAGGAAUUGUUGGGUGAAGUUCUAUGGCCUGUGUUAUGCAGGAAGUCAGAUUAGAUGAUCAUAAUUGUCUCUUCUGGCCUCAAAAAGAAAUCUAUAAAUCUGUGUUUGAAUAGGUCCCAUGAUUAACAGAAAGGGCCCAAUAAAACAGGUAAAUCCUUCAUGCAGCAACAGUGCUCUGAAAUCAGUAGUUUAUCUUCAUGUCCACGUGCCUCGUCACCUACCUGACACUACAAAGGCACCUAUCUUCCUGGUCCAUACUGCUGCAAGUCUCUGGUCCAUGAUGAAAAGCUGGUCCCUGACUAACGGUGAAAUGUCAUCACACAAGGGCAAAUGGCAGCAACCAAUUGCACCUCCACUAUCGAUUACAGUCUGCUCUGAAAACAAGGAAUUUUAAAACGUUUGUUUUAAAAAAAAACCCUGCAAUUGUUUACCUACAUUUUGACAAAGUCAGGAUGUCAAAUGAACUUUCUUCCAUCUCAACGUGUCCUGCAGCAGAGGCCUCGUCAGUAUUAAGUUAGAAAUAACGGCACCCAUCAGAACUUAAUUAGCCAAGUCUUGUCCUAGGUCUACAGCUUUAUUAUAAUAUGUUUAUAGUACUAUAGAUGCAUGAUGAUGCUUUACAGAACACACACAAACAGGAGCUUGCGGUCUCCUAGAAAAGAGUCUAAUUUAGUUGAAAGUUGUUUUAAACGCAUCUCUCACUUGCAUCAUGGGAUGAAACCAUGUUUUUUCUAUUGAAUAAAACUUAAAAGGGGCAUAGCACCCUCACCCAAAUCGCUCGAGAAAAUCUUAGUACUAUAUAUAUUUAAAUGGCCUCAACAUUUGAAUUUACCAUUUUGCAAGCACAACUAUUUGCAUGUGUGAAGACAACUCUGUACAUAAAUGGCAUUUGGCAAAAGGAUUGCUGAACAAAUGGUGGAUAACAGAUGUAGAGACUGGGUUAAAAUAUGGCCCUUGGGGUCUCAGCUUAGCAGUGAAAUUGGCUGUAAAUGACAAUGCUCUGGCCUGUGUUUCAAAAAUAAGCAGUCAUCUCUGAAUUGGAAGAAUUAAAUACAAACACAAGUCACAGGAAGCAAUGGGGUUUACUGGGUGUCCAAAGAUUUUUAAGACUCAAAGGUAAAGGAAAUGAGACUAAUAUAUAUCCUUCAUACAUCCCCAAUGGCUGGGGGAACAAUCUAAAGUAGACUUAGUAUAAACAGAUUUCUACAACCUGAAGUGUCGGUAGCAGAUAUUCAAGGCAGAAUAAACUUUCCUUGUAUGCUCAUAAUACAAUCAGAAAAGGUCAUUAAUACCUGCAUUGUAACUUGUCACCUGUACAAGCCAAAGGUUGUUGCAACAUUAUGGUCACUGUAACUUGGCAUAACUCACCUUGAUCCGCUGUUCAGGCAUAAUUCAUCCUCUUCAGGGAGUUUCAGAAAUUGGAUUUCUUGGUAUUGCCAUUUCUUGAUAAACCUGGGAAUAAAUCUUCCCCCAGCCCUCACUGGAAGCACCUAAACUUCAUACUUAACUAGUACUGUGUAUGCCAGUGGUUUCCCAACUUUUUGCCAGCACAACCGCAUUUUACUUAAUUAUUUCCUCCCAGGACCCCAGAAAGCAUGGAGUAUGCCAUUUUGAAGGACAAAAUGGCAUCCUCCCCAUGGCCUUACCUUAUGUGCACCAUACCUGCAAGGUCACACUGCAUGGAGGACAUCAUUUUGUAGAAUAAAAUGGCAUCCGCUGCACAGCAUGACCUCGCACAAACAGUGUAUGUGAGGUCAUACUGCAUAGAGGACACCCAUUGGUCUACAAAAUGGCAUUCUUUGCACAGUGUGACCUCAUACACAUGGUUCAUGCGAGGUCAGGCUGUCCAGAGCAAAAUGGAAUUCGCCACGUACUAGGGAUUACCGUGACCCCAUCUGCUGAUAGCAUGACCCCAUUUGGGAUCGCAACCCACAGUUUGGGAAUCGCUGGUGUAUGCACUACUGACAAAGCCAGGCACAAAUGCUGCCAAGAUGGACAUAAGCAUUUUUUCCACUCUAAUGGAAAACAGUUCAAUUAUCUGCAAGUGAUAACGACCAGGGCUAAAAUGGGAGGAGAACACUAACAACUGCCGGCACUUUUGAAAUCCUCCUGCGCCACCAUGUUUUAAACUAUUAUACUCUUCAAAAUUACUGGGAUUACUUAUACUCGGGAUCAGUUGUGAAAUUAAUGCAGAGUUUGAUUAGAUCAUAGAUUUUAGGGAUUUUGCACUGGACAAUAUUUCACAAAUCUGUACGUAAAAUUUUUUUAAUCUGAAAUUUAUAUGGAAAUAUUCACAAGAAGAACAAUGAAAAUAAUCAAGAAUUUAGCACAGCUGUAAACUUAACACAUUUACAUUUUAGCACGAAAACUAGCUGUUUUGUAUGGUUGUCUGUGAAGCAUUAAAGACUUAAUUGCUACCUUCAGAAAGGCCAAAAUUGUCAUGGUGAAUCAUUAGGUUCCCUCCAUGCUCUCCCCUCUCUGAACUAUCAGAUAAGUGACUUUUGAACACUAAAAGGUCACUAAAAUAAUUAGGCUGAAGUUCUAAGAGCUGUGCUAAAUUGUGUCCUCUGGGAUUUGAAGAGUAACAGAUCAUAGUUGGAAAUAGGUAAAACAAGCAGACUCACGUCCUCAACACAAGCUAAGUUAUUUAGCUACCAGUUUCCUACCACAGUUCACAUCAGAGUAGAUGUGGGGGUUCCUGGUGUUUGAAUGAUCUUUGCUUACACCAGCCAUUAUUUCAUUUAACAGCCUCUACCGGCAGAAUGAAAAUGUUAUCUUCUAUGUUCAUUUUAGGAUGAAAUGUCCAAGUGAUGACAGAUAGGUUUGGGGGCUAAAAGUGUAUUUGUAUCUUUAGAGUGAAAGAAAAGUGAACAUUCACCAGGUAAUACUUCACACAAUUUUAUUUAUAAAAUUGUAAUUAUCUAACAAAUUGCAUAUAAAAUGAUUUACUUCAAGUAAAUACAGAAUACUGCACAACUAUUAAAACUAUUGUCCAUCAUAAAUGUAUUAAAACAUUCCUAAAAAUGCACCUAUUAAAAAACACAAAUAGCAUGAUCAAGACCACUUUCAAUAGCUUAAAAUGAAUUACCAAGAAGUUGUGUUAACUUCCAAAGUAUAGUCCAGUUACAUCCUUUGAAAUCACCACAUGCUAAAGAUGACAAAUAUAAGCAAUACAUAUGCACCUGAACUAUGCAUUUCUUCCAGACUGAAGAUGACCAGUUGGAAAACAGACAACUAAAGCUCAAGUCAAACUCUACCAGCAUGCAGUUCUGUUAUAGCAAUACUUUCAAUCAAUAAGUGUAAUUGGCUUUUACAAUCAAUUUUGCAACUCACAGAUUUAAAAAACAAAAAAGUAACAAGAGAAUACAUUCAGAUAAAAAUAAACGUUACACAAAGGUAAAUACAACGAAUAACCUUCAUUGUACCCUAUGAUGAUUUGAGGAGAGAGAUUCUCCAUGAACUGGAUUGGUGUUACAUACCAGAGACAGGACUGAGUCACAAAUUUCAGGUCCAGAUCUCAAUCUUCCCAAAGCUUGGGAUGAUCAGAUCAUGGUUUUGGUUCAGGCCCAUCUCUACUAUGCACACACAUGGAUGGAGCUUGUUGCUGACAUUCGUACUGCAAAACAAAAAAAGACUAAUGAUGCUAUACUGUUGAUCACCAGGUCGGUGUAUAUUACAAGUCACAAUGACUAUUUUUACACUGCAUAUUAUUAGAGAUGUGAACUAUUUUCUUUCUAAGCAUUAAAAGUUGGCAGCUAAAUGGCUUUUACUAAGGAAACAAAACUUACCAGCAGUGGCCUAGUUUAGACAACUUCAGCCUACUGGGUUAAUGAGACUCAAACUAACAUAUGCAAUAAUUUUGGCAGACAAAAAGAAGGGCAUGAGGCUUGGGAACCUGGAUUGUGCUUUAAACACAUUAGGAUCAAUUCUCCUUUCAAUGCAAUAUGAAUUGGAUGUGUCAUUAGCAUUAAUCCAAAAAAGUAUGCAUAGCAAGGAGGGAGAAUGGACCCCAACGUUUGCAUUCAGAGGUUCUCUUAUUUGUCUUUGGUAACUGGAACCAAUUCUAUCCAGGACAUUUCUGAAGAAGUGAAAAUGCAGGUUCAUUUUAGGACCAUGCCAAGUCAAGACCUAGCACCAAAUUUAGUCCUGGCAUAAGGGGUGUCAACUCCCCGUAAGUUCAGCCAGGGUUGAAUUUCACCCCUAGAUUUUACAGUCAAUACCUUUUCAGAUCCUAAGCAAGCAGCACAGGGAGACGGUUCCUCAACUAACCAAAGCAAAAAUGGAAAGCUGCUCCACCUUCACAAAACACAGGACAGCUGUAGUUCUACAUGGCAGACACUAGAUGGCAGGCAAUUAAAGCAUUUCUGGCUCAAACCAAUGGAUAUGUAAAGCUUAAGUGACCUUUCUACUUAAUUUUGAUUAGCAAAACUCUCACAUUGUAUAUCUGUCAUGAGUAUAAAUACAUAUUUAUGAUGAAUAGCAGCCAUGUGCAAGAACCAUUUCAUUUGCGUGCUACUAUUUACAUUUCAAAUAGUAUUUACACACCAGAACCUACCAAACCAGGUUCUGUUUCCUGAUUCACUACAAUUAGCAUCUCUCGGAAAGGAAAGGAGGAGAAGGUGAAGGUUUAGAGGACAGAGAACAUGUAAGCAACAAUCUCCACCACUUCAAACUCCAAGAGCCACAGUCGAUAUUAUGGGUCUCAAACCAACAAGAGAAAAGUGCAGGCUGAAACACAGAAAUUUGGUCACGUAAGACAUCACAAAUUACUAUUUUUUAAAAGAGGGUGUUCUAACAACAAAAGGGUCUAAGAAUCUGGGCAGAGUGAUUAGAGGUUAGAUCAGCCGGAGUGAGUGUGUAUCUGAACUCUGAAAUGGCUUUAGAACUCUGGACACAGCUGAAGCUUUCAGACCAGCUGUCAGCUAAUGCCAUAGCCACACACAUAACACCUCGCACAUGCAAACAUUUCACUCCUUAAGAAGCUACCAGAACUCUGACUGGCAACGUAUUCCGGAGCAGCUACUGCACUUUGUGGCUGGUUAAAAUGGCCUUCAGACUUGCACCUAAUACUACCACCUGAGGCCUACUAGAAAUUGCCCAGAAAUACAAUACCUACUGUAUCUUAUUGCUUUAGCAAGACCCUGCUGGAAGUUAAGCCUGUUUUGCCAGCAUCCAUGGUCUAUUUGUGACCCACCUGAAGUUUUAAUGGAACUUUCCAGGAGAAAUAUGGUUUGCAUUUGGUCAGUUCUGUGUCAAAUAGAUCAGGUGCCAAGGCCUCGCAUGGUUUUCCAAACUGCCCUCCUAAAUUCCACGUGGAAGUGGGCACUCUUAGGCUAUGUCUCCAUUGAAAGCGGGGGGGAGGAGAGGUAGGGAGGAAUUCCCCGAUCACGUAGACAUGCUUGCAUUAGCUAUCAUCCCGCUAGAAGGAGUAGAAAUACCAGUGUAGUUGCAGUAGCGGUCACCUGUGCUAUUACAGCUACGCUGCUGUUUAUAGUCGCACUAACUGGACGAUAGCACUAGUACGUGUACACAAGCAGGGAUAUCACACUCACACCCCGAUCUCACAGUGUAGUUGUAGCCACUAUUACACAUUCCCUGCAUACACGUGGGCUUUGAACAUGCAGCAUAGGCAGCUGGUUCUGAACAUUCAAUGUGGCUUGACCACAAAUGACUGCAAAAAUGGGAAGGGAAAACACAACAACAAAACCAUCUUAAACAGCAGGAUUAGUAUUCGCAGCAACAAAGGGUUGUAGAAAAAUAAAGAUUGUUCUUUAGUGGUUCUUAAAACAGCAGUCACUCGGGGACCUAGAGGAAGCUUUGUACAUUUUCUGCAUAUGCACCUGAAAGUCACGAGAACAAAGCCUCCCCAUUUUGAAGAGCAAUUCCCUUCCUAUCAGCACAAUACUCUGCUGCUGGCAUUUCCCAGAACUGUGACUUUGCAAUAGGAGAAGGAAACUACGAGAACUGAGAAUCGGCAGGAGAAGACAAAAGUCAAUUACAGUACUACUGUGGGAAUUCAAGUAGAAGAAUGGAAGUUGUCCUCAGAAGCCUAUAGCAGCAGAAGCAGCAGCAGCAUUAAAGAUCAAUGGCAACCAGGAUUCUGUAAUGUGGACUUUUAAAAUCAAAGCGCUGGUUCGUAAUCAAUGCUCUCGGUGGGGGGGAGGGGUGUAUUUCCUGAAUGCUGCUUCUCUGAUCUCUCCACACUGCACGAUUCUACAAAACGAAGUGGUAGCAUCUUUAGCUCAAUAAACUUUCCAUUCUGUUGCCAUCAGGCAAAAUAUUGUGCUCCCUUGAGGGGAAAUGAGCGAUAGCUCCCUAAGUUAAGAGGAGUGGCAAAGAAAAACAUAACACUCUGUUGAGAUUGAACCACCUUUAUUAAGGAUAAUGUAUUAUAAACACUUUCAAAGUUGAAAAAAGUCUUUUGAAGUUGCCGUUGGUCUUUAACUGCACACGCCAAAGGGUGUGGAUGCUGCCGGCUACAGGCCAGGUGGAGCUCACUGGAGAUUGAGGUAACACCAAAUAAAAGACAAGAGUGCAAUUGCACGGCUCAGCUCUUCCAAGCCAUUGAAUAAUGGUGCAUAUUGCCAGCCUUUGUGGGCAGAAACACAGGUUGUCUCCACGCAACCAGAAUGCAGAAAAAGCGUGUGUAAGUAUAUACACUCGUAUAUUGCAUCUCUCAAAAGGGAGGUUAGUAUACUGAUUUGAAAGAAAAUGUCAUCCAAGUGUAUUCACUUUUUCUGCUCUUAACUUAUUCAUCUUAGGGGACACAUUGGGCUAGUCCUGAAUGGUGCUAACACACCUCCUGAUAGAUGCCCAGCACCCGCAACUACUUCUUGAGGGAAGCGAGAGAUGAGGGCAUUCAGCCCCAGCAGGAUUGGGCCCACAGACACUAUGCAGGGCCAUAAAACAAGCUAAAUGUAUACAAAGUGCCCUGGCUACCCAAGUUAUCAUCAGGUGCAUGAUCACACCAUUACUGAAAUAAAAGCUGAUCACAGACAUCUAGCUGGAGUUUUAUCUACCUUCCCUUCCAAUACUUGUGCUAUAGUCCAAACUCUACCGCUUCUUCCAUUUCCAAAGGACCAAAAAUCUCGCUGUUGGUCCCAAUACACUCUUCUUACUUAAAAAUAUCCUUUUAUUCCGUUGGUUCAAGAAAGCAUUUUGUUGUAAUCAGACAAAGUGAGGCAGGAUGGGAAGCACACACAGAUAAGCAAAUGAAAAAAACUGCUGACUCUCGGGAAGCAUUUACUAUAGCAAAGCUGUCCUCCUUCCCCCCUUCCAAGCCAAGGGGAUAGGAACAUUCCAUAAUCAAGUGCAUCUACCAAUAAAUAAGUAAAUUUGGAUUAGAAGCCUACUGAAACAUAUGCAGGGAUUUAAAAACAAAGUCUCUCAGAUUCUAAUUCCAUAGCUCAUGCAGGUCAGAACGAAAGAACAAAAGAAUGAAUAUCAAAACUUCAGCUAGGAAAGGAUCAAGGAAACACCUUAAAAGAAAUUUUGUACAAUUAUAACACAGAACUAAUAUUUGUGACAGCCCCAAAUACAUCAGGUUAUGCCAAAUUCCAAAGAAUCAAUGGAUAUAGCCAGGGUAUUUGGGUACGUACUUCAUGACAUUUUUUUUUUUUUUUUAGUUAACACAUAUUUCAUUCUCUUUUUAAUAUUAUACACCUGAGCCCCCCCAAACCUCAUGCUUGCUUGGAGAAAGAUGCUGGGAAAUUUAGGUAAUUAUCCCUUCGAUCUUGCUGAUUCCAACCACAGAUUGUUACAGACAGAAAGUCUGGAAGCGCUUAUAUAAAAAUUUUUCCUAGUUUUUAAAACAAUUUCUUGAAACAUAAAAUUGAUGAGUGGAAAGUUGUUUCCUGUUUGAUGGGUUUAGUUUCAGAAAGAUCUGCAGCUAUGUUUAGCUGUGAAAAACAAGAAGAUGGUUCCUUCAGUAUGUACUGAAGAAAGAAACCUUCUCAGGAGCAUUUGGCAGCAAUCAAAGAGCUCGUGUCAUAAACAGCAUAUCCACACACCACAAUGCAACUCUGUCCCAUUGACACACACCAAUUAAAAAAAGAGAAUGUCCACCUGUUAUUCAGAAGCAAGGAUACAGUAGAGAUUCAUGGCUCAACAGCUUGUUGGUGAUUUA